GUUCACAUCUCAGUCAGUACCUAGCAGAGUUGCUGAUGCCUCCACAGAACAUCUCCUGAAGGCUUCUGCAGCCCGUGGCUGGCCAAGGCGCCAAGAAAGGGACUCCCAGGCUGCGAGCGCCCACAUGGCUGCCUCCACGGGCACAAGGCUGAGCCUUGCCUCCUGACCUGAUCCUGCUGGCGAAGUGACACUUGUGGUCCUGCCCCGAGACAAGUCACUGGGAGCCCCUGCAGCCACUUUCUAUGACUCCAUCUGGACUAGGCUGGCUGUGAAGACAAGCUCUGAGGGGCUGGCUCCCUUUACCUGGGUGCCGCGGCAGCAAUUCUCUCACCACCAUGGCUAACGCCGGGAACUAAGGCGACCGCUCUGCCGCCUCAGCAGGGGCGCGCUCAGGAGAUCCAAGGAAAAGCUGCAAGCCCUACAGAGUUAGAUGCUGGAACCCAGAGAAACUGUUUUUGAAGCAGCAAGGCUUGUGCCACCUCCUCGGCAGGAAGAAUUGAUUGAAGCCUUCUGAUGCCCAGGGUGGGAUUUCAAGGGCCUGAGUCCAGAUUUCAGCUUGGGGCUGAAUUCAUGAUCAUCUUUCCCAAAGGGAACCCCAAGCAGCACUGGUUUCUGGGAUUGACUGGGCAAGAGGGAGGCCUUCGGAACGUAGGAGACAACCCUCCACCCCUUGGCUGCUUGGCAGUGUCAGAAGAUGCUGGAGGAUCUGGUUCUCACCCAGUGCUGCCACCAACCCCCAGUGUGCCUUUGUUCAUAAAAGCUGUUUAACUCAGGACAUAAUGGAGAACAAGGCCAUGUACCUGCACACGGUGAGCGACCGGGAGACUGGCUCCAUCUUCGAGGAGCCCUUUGACGGCAGGAGCCUUUCGAAGCUGAACCUGUGUGAGGAUGGUCCUUGCCAGAAACGGCGGGCAGGCGGCUGCUGCACCCAGCUGGGCUCGCUGUCAGCCCUGAAGCAUGCCGUUCUCGGGCUCUACCUGCUGGUCUUCCUGAUCCUUGUGGGCAUUUUCAUCUUAGCAGUGUCCAGGCCCCGGAGCUCCCCGGAUGACCUGAAGGUGCUGACUCGGAACGUGAACCGUUUGAAUGAGAGUUUCCGGGACUUGCAGCUCCGGCUACUGAAGGCUCCGCUGCAGGCUGACCUGACGGAGCAGGUGUGGAAGGUGCAGGACGCGCUGCAGAACCAGUCGGACUCGCUGCUGGCGCUGGCGGGCGCGGUGCAGCGCCUGGAGGGCGUGCUGUGGGAGCUGCACGCGCAGGCGGCGCAGACCGAGCAGGCCGUGGCCGUGCUGCGCGACCACACGGGCCAGCAGAGCGAGGCGGCGCAGCUCGAGCUCUACCAGCUGCAGGUGGAGAGCAACAGCAGCCAGCUGCUGCUGCGGCACCACGCCGGCUUGCUGGACGGGCUGGCGCGCAGGGUGGGCCUUCUCGGCGAGGAGCUGGCCGAUUUGGGCGGCGCACUGCGCGGUCUCAACCAGAGCCUGUCCUACGACGUGGCCCUCCACCACACGCGGCUGCAGGACCUGCAGGUGCUGGUGAGCAACGCCAGCGAGGACACGCGCCGCAUGCGGCUGGCGCACAUGGGCAUGGAGCUGCAGCUCAAGCAGGAGCUGGCUAUGCUCAACGUCGUCACUGAGGAUCUGCGCCUCAAGGACUGGGAGCACUCCAUAGCGCUGAGGAACAUCUCCCUCGCUCAAGGACCACCGGGACCCAAAGGUGAUCAGGGGGAUGAAGGAAAGGAAGGCGAGCCUGGAAUUCCUGGAUUACCUGGACUUCGAGGUCUGCCAGGGGAGAGAGGCACCCCAGGACUGCCUGGCCUGAAGGGCGAUGAUGGGAAACUGGGAGCCACAGGACCAAUGGGCAUGCGCGGGUUCAAAGGUGACCGAGGCCCAAAAGGAGAGAAAGGAGACAAAGGAGAGAGAGCGGGGGAUGCUGCAGGUAGCGUGGAGAGUGUGGUCAUCAGGCUGGUGAACGGCUCGGGCCCACACGAGGGCCGCGUGGAGGUGUACCACGAUCGGCGAUGGGGCACCGUGUGCGAUGACGGCUGGGAUAAGAAGGACGGGGACGUGGUGUGCCGCAUGCUGGGCUUCCGUGGCGUGGAGGAGGUGUACCGCACCGCUCGGUUCGGGCAAGGCACAGGGAGGAUUUGGAUGGAUGAUGUUGCCUGCAAGGGCACAGAGGACACCAUCUUUCGCUGCAGCUUUUCCAAAUGGGGAGUGACAAACUGCGGACAUGCCGAGGAUGCAGGGGUGACAUGCAGCAGACACUGACAGCGGGCACAGCCCCAGGUCCGGGCACUGCUGCAGAGCUUCCUUCCUGCAUUCCUGGGAUGGGGCAUUGCUUGGGGCUACCUGCCCACACCUUGGCCUGACCGUUCCAGCACCCCUCCUGCCCCCAUAUUCCUUAUUCCACGACUGUGGUGGGCUGUUGUCAUUCUCCUUUUGGAUAAUGGCUCCAAACCAUGACUCUGGGACCUACUACCAAUCUCUCCAGCCCUGGUCAACUGGAUCUCCAAUGUGCCCAGUGUUCUAAACACCACUUAUCAGAACUCAGAAUCCAUGUUCUUUGGGGUCUGUUUGUUACAGAUGGAUGCUGCAAAUAUGUCAGAGACAAAUGUAACAAUAGACUUGGGAGGGAGGCAUUAUGGAUCAUUUACUUCUUGUAUAAUCCCAAACCUCAUUUAAGUCAAAAGUUGCGAUAGCUUCCUCCCCAGCAAGAGGCAAUACUGAAUGAUUCAUUUUCCCUCUGACUUUUCUAGUUUUCAGAAAACUACGUGGUAGAGGCCAGCUGUAGAAAGGAGAAGGAAAUGCAAGUCACCUGGAGGAAUCAAACUGGAUUUGGAGAAAGGGAAUGAAACUAACAUUUAUAGAAUAACUACCAUGGUGUGCUAAAUGGUACCAUGGGUGCUGAAUUCAUUUGUCCAUUUUGCAACAUUUGUCCAAUGCAUGUUAACCUGGGUAAGACCUUACUUUCAGGCAGUACUCACCUGACCCAUUCACCUGGCCUACAAGUCAGAAAACUGAGAAUGACUGAGACCAUUGGGCCCAGCAGAACCCUAGUCUGUCUUUGCUAGGCUUAAGCAAGAAGCUUGGGUAUGAGACAUGUGGACUAGAAAGCUACAUACUCCCAAAGGUAUGGUAUAAGAAGUACAAGACCAGAGAUGAUUGGCUUCUGGGUACAUAGGAGGAAAGCUGAUCUGGAGAGUGACACAGGGGCUGUCUGUGCUAAACCAAGGCCAAUGCUCAGUCAUUGGGUAAUCAGGAUUAACGCCUGUGUUGUCAUGGCACACAGGUAACUCAGAGGGGAUGAUGUUGCACUUUCCAGGCUGCAUUAGAUGUGAUCCUGUGGUCAGGAGGUGAUGCAUCCUGAUGGAGCCUAUAGGGAUAGAAGGAAAGAUGGAUCCUAUAGGGAUAGAAGGAAGUGAAGAUUCCCUAUAACCUCCAGCGGGGAAGAAGGGGAUAUGCAACCUCUGCAAGUCCUGAAUCCACACUCCCCUCCCAGUGACAGAGAGAUCAUCUUCUGCUUUUUAUGCAAAGACGUAGGACUGGGCCAUUAUACAUUGUCCUAGGACUAGGGGAGCUACAGCAUAGCAGGUGAGCACAGACCCACCUCAUUUGAGGGAAUCACAAACUCACAGGCCUUGGGUACACAAUCAUCCCUCAUAUCUGGGCAAGCUUAGGCUUGCCUGGGACAUUUGAGACCUUGGACCCUCCAGAUGUAGGACCAGCAGAGUUCCUGACUGACAUCUCAAUGAAUGUGUGCUACUGGUCAUUCUUUGCUUACAAUAUGCUUGUUAUUCCUUAAUGUCCUAAUGAUCAGCAACUCUUCUUCUGACCAAUUGCUAUGUUUACAUAACACGCAUGAAUUCAUGCAUCUUUUUCCAGAGCCAAUAUAUGUAUGCAAAUAUAAACAUAGCACUCUUUACUACAUAGCUCAGCACACUGUCAAGUUUGCAUUUUAAAAAAAUAAUAAACAUACAAAUAUGUCACAUUUAACAAAAUAAAUUCCUGAGUCGAUUCUGGCAAAGAAGCCUAUUACCCCACCAAUGAAGACCCACAUAACUUUCUGACUUGGUCUUUUUAUUUGGGAAACAACAAAUCUUGUUUGUUAAAUUAAAAAGAGAAAUUCAACUGUUUGAACCUUUAAAAAAAGUCUACUAGUUUACAUACCUGCUUAAGAGGACAUGGAAAUGAUCAUGGACCUGUGUAUUUCAGGGACUAGAGGACAUUAGGCCUGGCCUAAAAUUAAUCAAAUCUUUUUAAGAAAUUUUUAAUAAAGCUAAAAUCAUGUCACUAAAA